AGAAAGUAUGACGAUUUAUAAUUUUCCAUCACAAAUUCAUGUUCUAGUAAUAACAAUAUUUAUUACAACUCUUUUAACUCCGAUAACAACCAACACAUCACCACAACCAUGGAAUAUCCUUUCCAACAACAACUUCGCCGGAAAACUCACCUCCGCACCCUCCUCCGUCGAAGCAGCUGCCAUCGAUUUUGGCCAAGUCACCAAAAUCUUACCCUCGGCCGUCUUAAACCCUUCCUCCGUCCAAGACAUCACUGAUCUCAUAAAACUUUCCUUCGACUCUCAACCCUCUUUUCCUAUAGCCGCUCGUGGCCACGGACACAGCCACCGUGGCCAAGCCACGGCUAAAGACGGAGUUGUGGUCAACAUGCGGUCAAUGGUAAACGGGCACCGAGGCAUAAAGGUGUCUAGGACCGGUUUAUAUGCUGACGUGGACAGUGGGUGGCUAUGGAUUGAGGUGUUGAACAAAACGUUGGAGUUGGGGUUAACGCCGGUUUCUUGGACGGACUAUUUGUAUUUAACGGUCGGUGGAACGUUAUCCAACGGCGGAAUAAGCGGACAAACGUCUCGGUACGGUCCACAGAUCAGUAAUGUUCUGGAGAUGGAUGUUAUUACUGGAAAAGGAGAGAUUACAACUUGUUCCAGCGACAUGAACUCAGAUCUUUUCUACGCCGCUUUAGGAGGUUUGGGUCAGUUCGGGAUUAUAACAAGAGCCAGAAUUAAACUUGGAUUAGCUCCAAAAAGGGCUAAAUGGUUAAGGUUUCUAUACACUGAUUUUUCUGAAUUCACAAGAGAUCAAGAACGAUUGAUAUCAGAAACGAACGGUUUAGAUUUCUUGGAAGGUUCCGUUAUGCUGGACCAUGGCCCACCGGAUAACUGGAGAUCCACUUAUUUUCCACCGUCCGACCACUCGAGGAUCGUCUCACUUGUCAAACGUCAUCGUGUCGUCUACUGUCUCGAAGUCGUCAAGUAUUACAACGAAACUUCUCAACACUCAGUCAACGAGGAAAUGGAGGAGUUAAGCGAGAGCUUGAACUAUGUAAGAGGGUUUAUGUACGAGAAAGAUGUGACGUAUAUAAAUUUCUUGAACCGGGUGGCUAGGUUUGAAUGCACAGCCACAAUAGACGACGUUCUCCAAGGAUCCCCUUGGUACUACAUUUCAUGUGGUGCUUGCAAUAGCAAGGCUGUUAAAGGGCCUACAUCCCUGUUCUGUAACAACAACAAGUGUGAGGAGAGACAAGUCCCAGGUGUUCCUCAGUACCUCACCAAGAUUUCGGUUUAUGAUAAGAGUGACCAAGCAACUUUCGUUGUACUUGGUGAUGCGGGCAAAAUGUUGGCAGGGAAACCUGCAUCUGAGUUAGUGGCAAGCUAUUUUGAGGCAAAUGAGGACGUCGGAUCGGAUGAUUGUGUCCCAGUCCCUCAGGCUUUACUUGAUGCCAUAGGGAAGACUUUCAAAUUCGUUGUCAAAAUUUCCGAACAUAAUUUGACUGGGAAGGUUCAGUCGAUAACUGUCACAAAGAUACUACCUACUGAUGAACCAGUUGCUGCUGAGGGCUUGGAGAAUGAGAGUACUGCAGAAGCGGAUGCUGAUGUUUUGAAUGCUGAACGUGGGGAACCUGAUGCUACUGGUGGCUUUGACGUCUCAGCAGGUGCUAAUGUCAGGAAAGCUUCUGAUGUUCUUCAAUCAGAGGCUCCAAAGCGUUCCAAGAGUGGCUAA